GAUAAAUAUGAAGCGGGUAAGAGGUCCUUUUCUUCCAUCCACCGACUGUUCGACGAUAUUCCUUCUUUUCUAACCUUCCACUCCUCUUCUCAUCCACUGUCAGAUCUUUUCUCACUCUCACUCUCAUACUCAAAUUCAUACUCAUUUGCAUUGCCUAAUCAAAUACCCAUUUCCCGAAAAUGGAUAGAGAUUCAUCUGACGAGGAAGACGAUCGCCAGACUCUAAUUGAGCAAAACGAUAGGAAGCCAAAUCACCACCACCACCACCAACCAGUCCCCACUUCCUCUCCUCAGCGGCGGUCCUCCUCCACCUUCCACAUUGAGGAUCUCGAGUCUCUUGGUGGUUCAAUACGCCGUCGUUUCUUUAGUAACUUCAAUAAGAGGUACUACUACUAUUUGUUGGCUAUUUUUCUGCCUCUCUUAAUCGUCGUCGUCAUUUUCUCCGCCGAUAUAAGGAAUAUGUUCUCCGCCAAUCUAUCUGCUCUCAGGCUUGAUUCCGUUUCAGACCGGAUGAGAGAGGCUGAGUUACAAGCGCUUUACUUGCUGGGUCAGCAGCAAUUUUCUCUAAUCUCUCUCUUGAACCAAUCAUUUCCCUUUCACAAUAAUAACAACAAUACGCUUUUGAAUUCCAAUUCCAAUUCCAACUCUAGUGUUAAUUCAAAUGCCACUUUUGUGUCCACUAACUUAGAGGAACAAGGCUUGAGAUUCAAGAUAGAGGAUUUGAGAUCUGCCCUUCUCAAGCAGAUUUCGCUAAAUAAACAAAUUCAACAGGUUCUAUUAUCCCCUCACAAGUCUGCGAAUGUGAAUGUAUCUGCUUCAGAUGUCGAUAACGCUGCUGGGCCAUUUGUGGGUUCUGCAUUUGGUUACGAUGGGUGUAGGAAGAUGGAGUCAAGGUUCUCGGAAAGGAAGACCAUAGACUGGAAACCCAGAUCAGACAAGUUCUUGUUCGCCAUUUGCUUAUCUGGGCAGAUGAGUAACCAUUUGAUUUGCUUGGAGAAGCAUAUGUUUUUCGCGGCUUUGUUGAAUCGGGUUUUGGUUAUGCCAAGUUCUAAAUUUGAUUAUCAAUAUAGUAGGGUGUUAGAUAUUGAACAUAUAAAUCAAUGUUUGGGAAGGCAGGUGGUCGUCUCAUUUGAAGAAUUUGCACAAAUGAGGAAGAAUCAUUUGCAUAUUGAUCGGUUUAUAUGCUACUUCUCCUCACCUGCUCCGUGCUAUGUGGAUGAAGAACAUGUUAAGAAGUUGAAGGGGUUAGGGAUUUCAAUGGGGAAGCUUGAGUCGCCUUGGAAGGAGGAUGUUAAGAAACCAAGUAAGAAAACGGUUCAGGAUGUGCAGGCCAAGUUUUCUUCCAAUGAUGAUGUUAUUGCUAUUGGAGAUGUGUAUUUUGCUGAUGUAGAGAAGGAGUGGGUGUUGCAGCCUGGUGGUCCUCUUGCACACAAAUGCAAGACAUUGAUCGAACCAAGUAGGCUUAUAAUACUUACUGCCCAGCGAUUUAUUCAAACUUUCUUGGGGAAGAACUUCAUUGCCCUCCAUUUCCGGCGGCAUGGCUUCUUGAAGUUCUGUAAUGUUAAAACGCCGAGUUGCUUUUACCCCAUACCCCAAGCUGCAGAUUGCAUAGCGCAGGUGGUUGAAAGGACCAAUGCACCAGUCAUAUAUCUUUCCACUGAUGCGGCAGAAAGUGAAACUGAUUUGUUGCAGUCACUAAUUGUGCUGAAUGGGAAAGCUGUACCCCUUGUCAAACGGCCAUCUCAUACUUCAGUGGAGAAGUGGGAUGCUUUGUUAUCAAGACAUCGCAUUGAGGACGAUUCUCAGGUGGAAGCCAUGCUUGAUAAGACAAUCUGUGCUAUGUCUAGUGUUUUCAUAGGGGCCUCAGGGUCCACAUUCACUGAGGACAUUUUGCGGUUGCGAAAGGAUUGGGAAACAGCAUCUUUAUGUGAUGAGUACCUUUGCCAAGGUGAAUUGCCAAACUUCAUUGCAGAAGAUGAAUGAAGAUGAUGAAAAUUGAGUUACUGUUUUCUGCUAUGGAUUGUCAUUCCUUGUGAAGACGCUUUGCAUGAAUUCAAUCAUCUGCAAUACCGGAAUUCAUUAUUCCUGGAUCGAUGCCCGUAUGGCUAGCGAUGCGGCCUUGUAUGUUAGUGUAUGAUAUUAUAGUAGCAUUGCGUUUUGCACAUAAGUUUCUCUUUCAUUGUUUCGUGGUUGAGAAUUAUUUUUGUAAUAAAGUCUAAAAUAAAUACAUUAGUUGAAGAAA